AUGGACCACCCCGUGAAGCUGUACCACUCGCAGCGGGAACCGGAGCGGGGACCGCAGCCGCAGCGUGAUCAGGGAGCAGCGGGACUGCUUAUAACGGAGCAGCAGGCCGGGUCCGCGGACGAUGGAGGGGUACACCGAGACUCUGUAACAGGGAUGGCGCAGAACGAGUUGAAAAAAGGGCCGGCGGACGCAGGGGAAGGAGAGGAACCAGUGCGCGGGGAGGAGGGAGGGGCGGAGGCGGAGGGGGAGGGGGAGGCGGAGGCGGAGGGGGAGGCGGAGGCGGAGGGGGAGGCGGAGGGGGAGGCGGAGGGGGAGGCGGAGGGGGAGGCGGAGGGGGAGGGGGAGAGGGAGGCGGAGUGCGGGGUGGAGGAGGAGCGGCGGGCGGGGGAAGGGUGGAACGUCACGGGGGCAGCGAGGUUCGGGCGAGUGAAGGUGGAAGGCGCGGGCGCGGAGAGGGCUCUCGCCAACCAGCGCACGUGCUUCUCCGUGACUGCCUCGUGCAAUCAAUCACCCCUCUCCACUCUCCAUCGCCCCUCUCCACUCCAUCGCCCCUCUGCUUUCUCCUGCAGGCAGCGGGCGUUCUUCGUGGCGCUACUCGCCUUUCACACCCUCGCCAACCGCUCCUCAGAACCUAACGGUGCCGCCUCCUCUCUCCCGACGGAGUCACCCUCUUCCGCCGCUGCCACCGCCACCACUACCACGAUCAAUACCAACAUUAUCAGCGGCAGCAGCAGCAGCAGCAGCAGCAGCAGCAGCAGCAGCAGCAGCAGUGCCAGCAGCAGCGGUGGUGGCAAGAGCAGCACCAGUGAUGACGUGGCGAGGAGGUGGAGAGCUUUUCGGAAAACGGCAAGAGUGACAGAGGCGCCGGCAUGGGAUGAUGCUGUGAACGGGUGGACAGACUUGCGACUGGCAGCUCGAGUCACGUACCGCCCCGCCUCCUCCUCCCACCAGGUGCUCUCCUCUCUCCCUCUCUCUUUCUCAAGUGGUGCUUCCGUGUUGAUGCAUGGCUCAUACAGCAUAGAGGUGUGCUUCACAGCGCCCUUCCCCGGCCCCUACCUCCUCUCGCUGCAUCUGCUCGCCACCAAUGCCUGUCAGCUGCGCACGGGUCUCAACCGUGCCUACAACCACGGCUACCAAAACUAUCGCCUGGUGGCCCUUCGCCAGCUGCAGGUCACCAGCCCCCAGCCCUACUCCCCAGACGCGCUUAGAAACAACCUCCCCUGGUGCACGCCUGCCUUGCUGCGCUCGUCUCGCAACGAGGGCUACUGGAAGGACCAGCAGUGGCGCCCCCACGCGUGCCGCCUCAAGGCCGUUCAGCCCUCUGAUGCCCUCCAGUGCUUCCACCGCAAGCAACGCGUGCUGCUCAUGGGCGACUCAGAGAUGCGCUACUUGUUUGGCUUCCUACAGGUGUUCCUUCACGCACGCUCGCGCGCGGCCUUUGUUGAGUCCGAGAAGGUCGACAUGAAGGGUUUCUACGGGUUCAACCACGACUUUCCCCGAGGCUGGAGCCCGUUCAAUGCGGGCGGGAGGAGAGGGUUCGAGAAGCUGUUGCGCAUGCGUGUGCGCGUGUCAGUGCGUGCACCCCAUCUUGCUAACACCUACUACCACGGAGCGCUCUAUAACGGCUUUGUGCGUGCCAG